CUAAAUAAAUCGACUAUGCGUGGAAUUAUAGGUUGCUGAGGAUUUUUUAAAUGGAAGAACUGGCCACAUACUACAUGGCUUUUGGGAUAUGUAAGACUACACAGAUAAACUUUGGUUACGGCUGCCUGGCUAACUGGGCUUUGCGCGUUCCAACUGGGCUAAUGACGUCAGUCGCUGGUCUACCGAGUCUGUUGCGCGAAGGCUUUCUGCAUAGUCAAGAAAAUGUCAGAAGGUGCAUCCAAAAUUUCUGGGCCAAUUCUUCCCCAUACAACUCAGUUUUUAGACCUGAACAAACGCCCUUCUUCUGCCCGUGGAAGACUUGAAGGCAGAAGCUUGGAGUUGGAAUUAUUAUUGGGUCCUAUAGCUCCCGACCCAAUAAUAUGUCCAUCUUUUUACAGUUCCCGCCUUUCACACCCUCCUCCUAGGAUCCACUCUAGUGCUCAUGACAUCCUAAAGCGUGGCCAGAGGGGAACUGUUGGAGAUCUCUUGCAGUUAGAAGGAAUAUCUCUUCAUCCCAGCCUGCCUACAAAAAGUAAAAGCAAGGACCAUGUUAAAGAAAAUGUCAAAAGGAUGAGGGAAAUACAAAGAAAGUGUAGAGAGAUAGAACAAGAAAAUGGGAAGGGUACUCCCAAACCUGUCAAAGCCCUUUGGAAAUCCCAGAAAUAUGUUAACGUGGAAUCCAAAGUUAAGACCAAACUUCAGGAAAACCCAUCACCUUCAGAACCAAAGUUUUCAAAUUUCUUAAAGGCUUAUUCUGGCUGUGGGUCAGGGAUGCAACCUAUGAGGCGAACAUUUUCAGUACCAGGAACGCCUUCUAACAUAGAUGAACAAGAGAACAAAAAUAAAGAAAUCAAGGUGAAUGGUUCAGGGAUUGACUUUGUAACACAUAAUGCGAAAAAUGCAAAAAGAGCACAGCUGAGACCUUCCCGUUCCCUGCAGAAUCUGAAUAAUGUCUUAGAGCAGAAAAAACAAGAGCAGGAAGAAUAUGAUUCCAAGCAAAAGGGGUACAUUCCUCAAUAUCUGCUGGAUUAUAAGGAAAUGUGGCUUAAAAUGAAAGAAGAAAGCAAAAAAAACACUCCUGAUUUUUCCACACCCCCAGGCCACACCUUGAUGCCAGAAGCUGAAAAACAUGAAACGCUAAAUAAUCUUAAACAGAACCAAGAAAAAUUGGUAAAGGAACUGCAAAUGCUGCCACUUGGAUCGGACACACUCAGUAUUCAGAAACGGCGCACUGAGCUGGAGAAGAAAAUGGUAGAGGUGGAGGAGGCCAUCAAAAUAUUCUCACGAACAAAAGUCUUUAUUAAAAAGGACUGUUAAGUUUGUUCUUAAGGCAAUGUUCAUUGUUCCUCCAGAACAUUAUCACAGAAUGUUCUAGAUUCUAUGGUCCUUUCAAGGAUAUCUGCAGCAGUUAUAACAGCCUUCCCUGCCAGCAGCUACUUCCAAUUCUGCUGCAUGAGAAUUGACUUUCUUAUUCAGCAGAAGUGGAAGAUACUGACAACAAGCUGAUUGUUUUGAUUGACAUUUAAAUGACUACUAUUUAAUGUUACUUUGCCUAUAACAUAACCCAUCAGUAUAAUGAAAUCCUGUUGGCACCUUGCUUGAAAAUCAGGAAAAUUGCCAUUUAGUGUAUAGUUUCAAGUUUAAGGAAUCCCUGUGUUUUGCAUCUGCUAUGAGUAGGGCGCCUAAGAGCGUUUUAUCUACUGGUACUGUUUGCUUGUGCCUGCAUGCAGGCCUGGCAGGUAUCUGUUAGAACAACUGUUUGCUCUCCAUUCAGCAGCAGGCAUUGUUCACUGGGAAGGUAUGUUUUGGGCAAAACUUGGUGUUUUUCAUUUUCCACCUUGUUUCCUGUCCCAUAAUAUGUGAGCCCUAUUGUUUGGUUUAUAUAAUAUAAUUUAUUUCUUACCAGAUACUGUGAUUUAAAGCACAUGAUUUAUUUUUAAUUAAAGGACUAGCAAACAGACA